AUGGCGGCAGCAGAGGCAGUGCACCAUAUCCACUUGCAAAACUUUUCUCGCUCAUUGUUGGAGACUCUCAACGGGCAGCGGCUCGGAGGGCACUUCUGUGACGUGACCGUGCGUAUCCGCGAGGCGUCGCUGCGUGCACACCGCUGCGUGCUGGCUGCUGGCUCCCCUUUCUUCCAGGACAAGCUACUGCUUGGUCAUUCGGAGAUUCGCGUGCCGCCUGUGGUGCCGGCGCAGACGGUGCGCCAGCUCGUAGAAUUCCUCUACAGCGGUUCUCUGGUGGUGGCGCAGGGUGAAGCGUUGCAGGUGCUCACGGCUGCUUCGGUGCUACGCAUCCAAACGGUCAUCGAUGAGUGCACGCAGAUCAUAGCGCGUGCACGCACCCCGGGUCCAGGCACCCCCACACCUGUGCCCCUGCCUGCACCGGUGCCCCCACCACUCGCACCUGCGCAGCUGCGCCACCGUCUGCGCCACCUCUUGGCCGCACGGCCCCCAGGCCACCCUGGCGCCUCACACAGCCGCAAGCAGCGCCAGCCCGCGCGCCUGCAGCUGCCUGAACCCCCUGCUCCCACCAAGGCUCAGACAUCCGAUGCCGACCUGGCACUCCCCGCGCCCCCUGAUGACGGUGGCGGCGAUGAUGAUGACGAGGAAACUGACGAUGACGAGACCGAUGGUGAGGACGGCGAAGGGGGAAGCGGGGGCGCUGGUGAAGGCCAGGCGCCCCCUGCCUUUCCUGACUGCGCUGCCAGCUUUAUCACCACCACUGUAGUAGACAGCGCGGCGCAUGAGGAUCCCCCUGCCCAGGCUGACCUUCCUGACUACGGAGGCCUCCGAGGAAUUGUUACCGUGGAGGAAGUGAUCCCGGACAGCUUCGUCCCCGCCUGGCAAGACGAGGAUGAAACUGCCGCGGAGAGCUGUCCAACCGAGACCUCUGCCUCCGGCCAGUCCGACUGUGUCCUGGCCAGCCCCCGCCCACCCGGUGUGAAGACCCCGACCUCACUCUUCCCGUUUCACUUGAGUGGCCCGGGGCCUCCAGCUCCCUCUGGGCCAGCGCCCUCGGCUCCUCCUACCUUCUACCCACUCCAGCCGGAUGGGGCUCCAGGAGCCGGCUCUCAGUUGGGGGAGGCCUCAGCCCCGCCUACCGCUCCCAUUCCAGCUGCCUCAGGGUCAGCGGCGCGCGCCUCGGGCUCGGAGACCACCGCCUAUGAGUGCACCCACUGCCGCAAAACGUUCAGCUCCCGGAAAAAUUACACCAAGCACAUGUUCAUCCACUCGGGAGAGAAGCCACAUCAGUGUGCCGUGUGCUGGCGAUCCUUCUCGCUGCGCGACUACCUGCUGAAGCACAUGGUCACGCACACGGGCGUGCGAGCGUUCCAGUGCGCCGUCUGUGCCAAGCGGUUCACGCAGAAGAGCUCGCUCAACGUGCACAUGCGCACGCACCGACCCGAGCGUGCGCCCUGCCCAGCCUGCGGCAAGGUCUUCUCUCACCGCGCGCUGCUCGAGCGCCACCUGGCGACACACACCACUCCCUGA